UAAAUGCACAUACAUUUCACAUUAUCUCGUCAGUUCACUGGGUCGUCAGGUUUAGAAGAAUUAUAAGACAGAACUAGCGUACAUUACACAGUUUUUACCAACAUAUCAGAUUUCACUUUGAGCUUGGGUUGGGAAUCGAGUCGAGUGGCGUGGAGAGUACAGCCCAGGGACUAAAAGUUUUUCAGCAACUCCAUACAACAGUACCAGAUUUCAGUAUUUUAGUGACUUGAAACGAGACUUGAUGAACAAAAGUUUCUGGUUCAUUGAAUAUCUUUCAAGGUUUCUUGUAUAUUUUGGUAGAAACUGAGCUGUGUUUUUGGACGACAGUGAUAGGAGGCGUGUAGUAUUAACGUGUGGAUAUUGGGGGAAGUUAUUGAAUAUUUUAGCUGUUUAGAGCAUGAAGAGUGUCUACCUAAUGUGCCUUGCUUGGCGGCCAUGCGCUGUGGAAGCUACAUACUGAACGAACCCGCGAACGAACAGGAGACAAACGGAACGAUUGCUACUACGGAAACAACGGAAAAUAAUAGUCUUGUCGAACCAGUUUCUCCUCAAAAAGACAAAAUGGCAAAUGAUGAAUUGGUGAUUAAUCCGGUCACAGGACCAACAUCCAGAAGAAAUCCAGUUUAUAGAUCUGCCCUGACCAAGUUAUUAUGUGGAAUGUAUUGUUUAUUAUUGGUUGUAUUUGGUAUUGUAUUUGCUGUAGCCAACGCUCUCACUGUGGAGGAACGAGAACAUAAGUAUUAUCUAGAGGUAUUUUUGAUUUACCUGUAUGCAGGUUCACUGACCACUCUGCUUUAUUUCCAAAUUGGAAUAUUACGAGGAGUGCCUAUUCGGACCAAUUACUUGGACAGUAAUAUCAAGGUGAUUCUUCGUCGCUCGACUGAAAAUCUUCAGAAAUCCCCAUCCCCAGUUCGUAGAAAUGAUUCUGUGGAGGAAGGCGGAGAGGUGGGUGAGACCGGAGAAGUUGAGAAUAAGAAAGAAGCGAUGGAUCACCUAUCAUCAGCUAGUAUGAGUAGCCAUCUUGUUUUACCUGCUCCCGGUGAAGUAGCCCAUGUUGGUGAAGGGAUUAAUUUUUACCUUAGAUUAGGGGCACUAGCUUUCAGCAUUGGUAGUGUUACAUUAGAUGGUUUCCAUAUUGCCUCGUAUUUUGAAACUGAUACGACGAGUACAUGUGAGAGCGCCAUUUUCACACUUGUUUAUGUCCUUCACCUCAUCUUUACCUUCGUUCAGACUUUCUUCCUGUUUAAAAACCACAAGUUGGUGAUUGAUAAACACAAGGCUGCCGUAAGAUUUGGUUUAAUGCAUCUCCUAGCAACCAAUAUCUGUGUCUGGUUGGUUACCGCCAUUAUGGAAACAUCAGAAGAUUACAAUCAGCUUAACUACAUCGUCAUUAAAAAUUCUAACCGUACGGGAACUAGAGUACUGAAGAGCUGUUAUGAAGAUAUGACUUUGGCCAGAACUGCUUCUCCAUACUUGUUUCCCUGCACCAUUAUAUACAGUAUUAUAGCCGCUGGUGUCAUCUACAGAAUGUAUCGCUAUGUGGGAGUUCGGGUCAAACAACGAUGGCCAAGUCACACAUCUCUUACAAGCUCUGUACCACAAGGAGCCGCCAGUAUGGACUGCGAGAAAGCCAACAAGGGUCUUUUCUCCGGUCUUCUUGUGGCCGUCAUCACCUUGAUCGCCAUUGCCACAUUUUUCGUGUUUGAAAGUCGAUUAUCUGAUCCAGUCACUGCUGUUCAAGUGUUCUACGUCAUGGAACUUGCACUACUCAUUCUUAUCGGUACAUGCAUCAUCUUCGGACAUCUCCGUUUAACACAGCUGAAGUUCCAGGAACACAAUUUGAUAUCCCUCGAUUCGGUUCUUCUUAUCGUAGCAUUAGGAGGAACAUAUAUCUAUUUAUGUUUCAUGCUUAUAUCUGCCGUGUCCAUGAUCCAGUACCAGGGGAUAGCUAGCAUCCUGUCCCUCGUGUGCAUCAUCGUAAGCCUCUUACAGAGCACUCUUCAAGCUAUAUUCAUCCUCGAUGGCCUUUGUCGCUGUUCAGCCAACGACAACCAAGUAGAACGAAAACCUGGACGAGCCAUGGUGACCUUUCUCUUAGUGUGUAAUCUGGCACUGUGGGUCGUAAGCAUGUUUGAGAUUAAAAAAACAAUGGUGGUUCCUUUUCACCAGAAUUUCUACGGUAUUCUGGCAUGGAACAUCAUGCUGCAUGUCUGUGUACCUCUAUUUAUUUUCUUCCGGUUCCAUUCGGCAAUCUGUCUCUCCAAGAUUUGGUACCAAGCUUACCAGAAAACAAAAUCGAACUAAACUAUAACUACCUUAACUUAUUAGGAGCAAAAUUGGUUGGGUUAUAUACUGGAAUUUACGGGGGUCCACUUCAGACGACGAAUCACUUGACAAUCAAUCUGUGUUUCAUCUGAAUUCAUCAGACCAAAACGACAAACAAAUCGUUACAUGACCAAUAACUCACACCUUUUAUAAACACUAGAAAACUAAAGAAUAACAUUGAGCUUGAAUAAUUUCACAAAAACUUGAUCAAUGACUUCGGAUGUUAUUCUAGAGACUGGGCAGCAUUCUAAAUUUUAAUGAUUGUUACUUUUUUUUGUUGUUUUCAAAAGCUGCAUGGCUUGUUUUUUUUAAUUUUUUUAGAAGAAAAAGGAGUAAAAACGUAAAGAAUAUGGUUUUAUGAGAUGGACUUAUACGAUAUUUGAUUUGAACAAAUUUAAUUAUUUUUGCAAUAUGAAAUUUUACAUUAUGGCUUUAGUGUUUAACCGGUAAACACUCAGCUCAAAAUGUGCCAAAGUAGAUUUUUAAAAAUAUUAAAUAUGCUAUCAUAUGGGCCUUCAUAAUCACACAAAAAUAAAAAAAAUGUAAAAUUUCGUCCAUUACUUCAUUUAGGGACCAUAUUAUAACACUACUUACAGAGAAAAACGUUUAAACAACAUUUUACACAUUCAAUAAUCACAACAGUUACUGAGUUUUUAGCUGAGGCGUGCAGAGGGCGUGGUAGUGGGGUGGGGGGCACCGGCCUCGGGCCUCCAUUUCACUCGGGGAUCCAAUCAAAGAGUGAAAUUAAAAUUACUUUUUUAUUGAAUUUAAUAGUAUCGAUGUUAACUUUGUUGUACAAGCUGUCCUACAUUUUACGUAUGUCUACUUUCUAAUAUUUCUAAGUACUGGGUCAUAUACUCCAGUCUUGGGGACAUAACAUGAAAGAGGUGGCCCCGUGCAUCACCAACCCUCUGAACUUCCCUGCUUUUUAACUAAGAGUUACUUCUCUUCGACGAUUGUCUUGUAUUUAAUUCAAUCCUAAUUUAAAACUGGGUAAUUACAAACAGUAGUAGUAGAGUUUAUCAAUGGAGGAAUAUUCUACUUUACAAACAAUUGGCCUAUACAUGUUUUCUUGUCGUUUUCGAUCAUUUAAAAAUCGGUAAUUGUCGUCCACAGAACUUUUGUGGAGUUUAUCAAUGGAAGUAUGGUCCAAUUCGCUAAUAAUUACAUGUUUAUGUAUUUGUGCCUUUUAUAAUAAAAGACAGAGUAACACGGAUAUUUUAAUAAUUUAAUUUAAUAAUAAAUGUAAUAUUGACAUUGUAACGUAGUGGGUAUUUUUGCAUAUUCAUUUAUUUGUUAUAGAAAGGGGAGGUAAUCGUCUUUUUGUAUUUUUGAGUAUUUGUAGCUGCUACUAAUAUAUAAAUGCUAUAGCAUUAUGCAUGGAACAUGAACACGUGGUUUGCACGAUCUACCAAUUAUUUCUAAAUAUUCAACACAAGUCAUUUUCUUGCCUUUUGGUUCUGAAAUUCACUUCACUAAUUCUUGCUACACUUCUGAGUAAAGCGAUUUUGUCUGCAUUCCUGAUUCGAUUCUUAAAUGCAGUCUUAAAAUUUAAAUUUGUAUGGGUUUAAUGAUGUAUUAUGUAAGACUUAGAAAACGAGCUGACAAAAUGAAUAUAUAGAAAAUUUCAGUCAAAUUACUUUAUUUUGAGCGAAGUUAUGAGUAUUUGAAGUUUUGACAAGAAAUAGCUAAUUGUCAAUACAAUUAGGGUGUUUUAAUAAACUAAGUCUUGAUUGACAGCCCUUUUAUUGAGUGGCCUCCAUUUUAAAGUUAACUGAUUAAAUGGCGCGGUUGGUAAAAUCCAGGGGGGGGGGGGUGUGUGGAUGGCCGAAUGGUUAGCACGCGCGCUGUAUCAUACGGUCUGUCAUUGAGUCAACUGGCGGGGUUUCGAUUCCCAGGUUGUACGUGACAAGGAGUAGGGUCGCCUGUCCAACUUCGUGGGUUUUCUCCGAGUCCUCCAGUUUACUCCCACUGCUAAAGACCCCUGCGCGCAAGCGAAUUAUUGAAAUAAAAAAUUAAACCAUAUGUUAGUCCUGAAAUGAGCUAGUUUGUGUCGAAUGGACAUUAAAGCCCAUUUCUCUCUCUCUGGUAAAAUCUAUUUGAUAUCUAAGCCAUCUGAUGUUCUAGAGAGUUGAUUAUGGGGCUGGCAUGUAUGUAAAUGUAAAAAUAAUAAUUUAUAGAACAUUUGAAGUCAGAAAAUUUAGCUCUUACAACAAUGAAAUGGGGUUUAACGUCCGACUGCUCUGCUCUGACUGAGCUAAUGAAGACGGGCAUACACCAUAGAGUGUGCUAUGAGGGAAAUUUUACCCGAACAGUGUCGCUACCGACUACUCUUGUAUUGAAUUCCAACUGCCAAGGGAUUUAGCUUUUACAUAAUGCAUCUUUAACUCUGUUAAUUAGAAAUAUAAUUGGCCUAGAAACAUCAGAUAUUGUGCAACCCAUGGUGUGUGAUCACCACAUCCACCUGUUGAGGUGUGAUUAGUCUAGUCAGAAAGGUACAUUUUGUUUGUAAUAAUAUUGUUUUGAAUAUAAAUGUAUGUAAAAUGAUUUCUAUAACUUGUAAUCAUUAUCUAUAUAAUAAAAACAUGUUUGUGAAGAAGACUGGUUGAAUAAUAACAUGGCCUGGUUGGGCCCAUGAUUCUGAUGUUGCUUAUAAUUACCCAGAGCUG